AUGGGUCGGGCGCCAUGCUGCGACAAGAUGAGUGUGAAGCGGGGGCCCUGGUCGCCCGAGGAGGACGAGCUGCUGCGGAGCUACGUCCACAACCACGGCACCGGCGGCAACUGGAUCGCGCUCCCGCACAAAGCAGGGCUGAACCGGUGCGGCAAGAGCUGCCGGCUGCGGUGGCUCAACUACCUGCGCCCGGACAUCAAGCACGGCGGCUACACGGAGCAGGAGGACUGGAUCAUCUGCUCCCUCUACAACUCCAUCGGGAGCAGGUGGUCCAUCAUCGCGUCCAAGCUGCCGGGGCGGACGGACAACGACGUCAAGAACUACUGGAACACCAAGCUCAAGAAGAAGGCAAUCGCCAUGCACCAGCAGCAGCAGCAGGAGUACUACCACCAGCAGCAGCAGCACAGCUCAGGCGGCCGCGGCCGCCGCGGCGCCGCCGUCGUCACGCCGCGCGCCGCUGCUCCCCGGAGCCAACAAUGCGCCUCCUCCAUGCAGCCGUCGCCAGCGAGCGCCAGCGACGCGUGCAGCUUCGGGGCCAUGUACCCUUCCCCGUCGAUGACGCUGCAGGCUGCUGCUCCGGUGCUCGCGCGCUACGACGGCACGGCACCAGCGCCAGUGCCGCCGCCGCGGGCGCAGCAGCAAGCGUCUGCGCUCGCCGAGUUCUCCCCCGCGCCGGCCACCGCCAUCAGCGGCACCUGGGCCGGCGGCCUGCCCCUCGACGACAUGUUCCUGCCCGAGCUCCUCGGGGACAGCGAGUUCCCGCCUGGCGGCGACUUCUUCGGCACAGGGUUCGCCCCGCUGCUGCUACAGGACAGGGCGGCGGCGUCCCUGCAGGAGCUCUCCGCGUGCUACUUUCCCAACGCGCAGGCCGAGAUGUGGGCGGCAGCGGAUCAUCACCUUCAUGUCAAGGCGCCGCCGGCUGGCCUCUGCCACAGCCUGACAUGA